GUAUAUAUCUCACCACCUCUGUACGAGGUGUAACGCUUGAAUAUUUGCUGUGGAAACGCGGUGUGCUGGGUUUUCCCAAAAGAGAGACCAGACAAGACGGACUGGACAAGAACGGCGGCUGUCUUCAGGGCGCCAGCUGGCGCAGACAGUGGGCAAGAGACAUCGGCGGGUGCUAUGGAGUACACAGAUCUCGACCGGCGCAGGCAGACGUCGUUGCACAAGGUGAGGGAUGCGUGGAAGUGCAUCAUCAAGAAGUACUCUGCGCUGUCGGAGAACGAGCAGGGAGACGUGGUGGACAUCGCCACGGGCGAGAUCAUCAAGGACACAGGCCAUCUCCGGUCGCUGCGUCAGGACGACGACAACCUGUGGGCAGAGACGGAGCCGCCGCCGAGGGCGCAUGGGGCCGGAGACGGCCACGGCGACGAAGGCGGCGACCCUGGACGCAAGCGGGCCAAGAGCAGCAGCAAGACGGCGAUAGAGAUCGUGGACCUCGGGUCGGCAUCGCCGCCGCCGUCCCAGCGAAGGCGGAGCCAGCCGCCCCACUCACAGCCUGGUGACACCAGCUACGUCGUGAGCUCCUCGCAACACAUGACGCGGUCCAAGGUAGUCGGCGACGACAACCUGAUCGUCCGACGGCCGAAGACCCACAGCGGCCGCCACCCGAGCGACCGACACCACCACCCGAGGUCGAAACGCUCCGGUGCCCUGGACAGCACCGCAAACGACCCCUUGAACAUGCUCAGCUCGUCCGUCGACCUCGGCACGCCGUCCAAGGUCAGGCGCUUGCGUAGAGCCCUGGACCACUCCUUUCAGGUGAAACGCAGCUCUGGACGCCGGCACCUGCACAAGCUGAUCUUGCACGAGAAGCUGGGCUCCAAGUGAGCACGGCCCGCAGCACGGUGUGUUUAGGAACACCCCGUACAGCCUCGCAGGGCGUCAACCAGUCGUGCUGUCCCAGCAGACGACAGCACAGGAACGUGUCCUGCUGCCAAACACCCAUCCUAUUUUCUAAGCUUUAUAAAAACACC